AUCGAUGAACUUGCUGGCGAACUCAAGAGGCUCAAAAGUGCCGCCGAGACGCUCCUCAGCGAGAGCGGAGCGCCGUUUCGGGAGAUGGCCGACGAAGCGGCGCUUAACGUCGAGCAGCAGGAGGCGGCGCGUGUCGCCGCCGCCUCCGCCCCCGACGGCGGCGCGGAUUCGCAGGCUUUUCGCGAAGCGGUCCGUUCACUGCCUUCCGACGCCGUGAAGGACCUGCUGUCGGCAGGGGUAUGUAGCCGUUGCAUCAUUCGGCUAUUUGGAAUCACAGAACCAGUAUGCUCUUGUCCUUGGCUUUCGCCAUCCAUCUUCACUGAAUUCACUGUAAUGCCGGAAAAUUCAGAUGGCAGUUUGAUAGAUGGUCGGAAUUCAGAAAGUGAAGACUUGACCAGUCCAGCUAAGCCAGUUGUAUGCAGCGUUUGUUUAGGUAUCUUGCAAUUUUAUCAUGACAAUGAUGGCCAAUUGUCGGUGUCCAAGGAUGGUAUGAACUUUCUGGCUGCUUCAAUUGCUGAACUGGUCAAGCAAGGUCACCAAACUGAUAGUUUCUCUCUCGAAGUCUCAGUACCACCAAUUACAUUGGAUAAUGAACGCAUAAUUAUGUCAUAUAUGAACAGAAAAUAUGGAUCUCAACUUUUUUCUCAGGGAAGAUCAUUUUCUGAAUGCAUCUGUUUGAAGAAUGCCUUAAAGUCCUUGAUCACAGCUCCUCUUGAAAUGUUAUUGGGCGUUAAGUAUGGCCAAGGCCCUCUUCACAUCCGUCUGACAUACUCAUCAACUGAGAAAUCCGUUGAGCGCGAGUUUGGUUCAACUUCAAAGAGAAGGAAGACAGGCAAUGAGAAUGGCUUAGAGACAGUUGAUGAAUUAAUGAAUUCCGGCAUUGGAAGUAUUUGUACCGGAGUAGGGCAUACAGUAGUUACUGACACACCCCCAAAUGGGCUUCAGCACCAUCAGAGUUCUGAUUUCUCUAAAUUAUUGCUAGAGAAGGUAAGGAGACCCUGCAGCUUCUCAUUUCAUUGCAACAGGGACCCUAUCUACUUUGGUGGGAGAUAUUUAAAGUAUUCGAGAAAUGUCAGUCAAACUUGUUGGAUGAUCGAUGAAGAGAGAAUGGGGGAGGCAUCUGUUGAGGAAAUUAUUAGCAGCUGCAUUCUUCUCAUGUGCAGAGGUGACAAGUACAAGUUUCAUGCUGCUGGAAGAGAGGAUAUUGAUGUUCGUAUGUUAGGUUCGGGUCGACCUUUCUUGGUUGAGAUACAAAAUCCGCGACAUGUCCCAUCGGAUGUCUUGGUAAAGGAUAUAGAAGAAAAAAUUAAUAGCUCAAGAGACAAACUGGUUAGAGUAAAAAAUCUCAAGUUGGUUGGCAGUCACGGGUGGACAUUGAUGCGUGAAGGAGAAGCAGAAAAGCAGAAGCAGUAUGCUGCGUUGGUGUGGAUUUCUCGGCCACUUGAGGAUCCUGAUUUGCUGUCUAUAUCUUCAGUCAGAGAUAUGUGUAUUCUGCAAAGGACCCCAAUAAGGGUGCUUCACCGUCGGAGUCCAUUAGAUCGUGAAAAAAUAAUACACUGGAUGAAGACUGAAAGGAUUGCGGGAACUUCACAGUACUUCAUUCUGCAUUUGUGUACACAGGCUGGCACAUACAUAAAGGAGUUUGUUCAUGGGGAUCUGGGCCGUACACAUCCAAGCGUUGGAUCAAUACUAGGUUGCCGGGCUGAGAUACUGCAGCUUGAUGUUACGGAUGUCAAAAUGGACGUUUUUUAACUAAAAAACCUUCGUAGAGAAACGAAGGCACGAGCCUUGAGGAGGACGACCAAGGUUUCCUCUUUCCUUUAUUUUUAUAUUUCCCUUGAAAUUCUGGAUCCUUUUUUCUUUGCUAUAAAAAGUGCAAGAUCUCUUGAUCUGCUGGACCCAAUCACAAUGGAUUUUUUUU